AUGCAGCAAGAUCGUCUGGACGGGUGGAUGGUGAGGCAGAUCGAGAAUGCGGAUAUGGCAAAGGAGACAAUGAUUCAGCUACCAAUUCCGAAGCAUUCCAGUCUUGUUCCGUUGUCGACUAGGGGUUCAAGACCACCGCCACGCACUACACACCGCUCCGUUACUGCUAUCGCAGGACAGGGAAUAUGUUCGAUUCUACCUCCUCAAUCACCUCGUUCAGCUCCUAACAGUCGAAAUCCGACCGAACUAUUUGAUUCUGAUGAGAGUAUCGAGAAAAAGUGGAGAGCACAAUUUCACGAUCUAAGGAAACCAUGUAUCGAAGGCGACCACGUCGAUCGAACCAAAGUGCUGCAUAAUAUGAUGAAGAAGACGCUGCAUGACGAUGAGCAGUCACCGCUCUUCUUGUGGGGGUUACCUCGCGAGCACAUUCUCGAGUUUAUCCGCCAGUCUGUGCUUCCAUCAUCUUGGAUACAUCCUUCUCGUCGUCCUGUCAGCGAGUGGGAAGCUGUAACAAACGAGGAAGAUGAAGUUGCGCAAGUUCGACGUGCUGUGGCUGAAGUGUUAGCAACUGCUUCUUCGAAAUCACCGAAGAAAGUUUCAUCCCCUCGAGCUCCAUCGUCUCCACGAAGUCCGCUCAAAUCACCUGAUGGAGCUUCGAGCCCCCGCAGACGAGCUCAAAGCCUGGUCACUUCACCGUCGAGUCCAAGAUCAACGCAGAUCACUCCAAGAUCAGAAGAAAGAAUCCAACGAUUCAUCGCUGAGCUACGCGCUGAUCCGACAUUAUGGGCAGCAUUCCAGAAUGAAGUUGAGCAAAUUCAACAGCAAUACCGACAGAAAAACCACACAGGCGAUAAAAUCCGUGAAAAUAAAGAACGCGCGAAGUCACCGAGAUCUCCCGACGAGCACGAACUCAAAAAGAAACAAACCGCUGAGCGAAUGGAGCGCACACAUCGUCACCGUGAGCAGAUUAUCCAACUGGAAGACGAAAAGCUGGCAGCGAAACGUGAAGCGUACCUACGGAAAGUGAAUCCAGACCGACAAUUACCAGCAUCGGAACUAGAACAGACACCUCGUUACCGACGACGUAAGGCUUGGCUUCACGUGGUUUCCUUCGCGGCAAUCUCACAUCACUGGCACCAAGAACUCGUGCAGACCAAAAAUUUAAUGGCGAUGGCGAAAGUUGAAGGUGUUGCUGCUUGUAUCAUUCAGAAGAUCUGGCGGAAAUGGAAGUGGCAGCACGCCUCCAAGCACACUGUGGUAGUUUACACUUGGCUUCGAAAGUGUUUGUGGAAGCUCCUCUUGCGAGUGCGUUGUCGUCGCAAAGCUCGAAAUGCUGCGUUGUUGCGGCUGUUUAUGCAGGAUCAAUACUCUCAGAGCCACGCCAAGAAAAACUUUACCCGUGUGAUGAUUCAAUGGCGAGGCAAAGUCAUUCGCGCUCAGAAGGCUGGCAUGUCCUUCAUCAACUGCAACCGGGCUCGACUGCAAGCCUUGUCUAUCUGGUGGGAGAAUGUUGACCAUGAACGCCAACGCACGGAGCGCCAACAUAACAUGGAUGAAAGGCGUUUGACUGCUCGGAAAGACUCCAGCAGCGGGUCUGCACCUGGAUCCGCAGGCGCGCAUCGGUCUCGAGCAGGAUCGGUUGCAAUACUCGGUGGUAUGGAUGAGAAGUUGGCCAACAUGCAAAUGCUUAUUACACCCGUCGAGCUCCAACGCCUGCAACAAACAUCAGCCCAAGUCGUGAAAAUACCAAAAAGCAUUAAAUGGCAACUCUUGACAGAGUUUCUGACUGAAUCAAGGAAGGAAUUCCGGCGAAAGCUACAAGCCUACAAAGAAGAGAUACUAUGCGCGAGUUAUGCCAGGUUAGUAAUUCAUUUUUGACCUCCCUGCAAUACCACGCAGUUACCAUACUUUCCUGCCUUUAGAGAAGUGAAGCUGGAGGAAGCUCGCGCGAUCGUCCAAGGGUCUUUAAACUGGGAAGAAGCAACAGAUAAUCGAGGCAACGCCAUUACUAGCUCUACGAGCAAGGCUGCGCAUCCAUCCCCGUGCUUCGUCCUUUUCUCCAACCCGAACGGUGCUAAAACGAUGGAAUAUCUCGUCCGUCGAGGUAUACAACUCACGUUGGAUGCUGAUCCAGAACUGCGUGCACUCGUCGCGCGUCAGCAAGAACAUCGCUUGUCAUCUUCUCGUCGACCUUCCGUCUCCUUCAACGGUGUGUCUGCAGGGUCACCGUCGCCGCGUAGAUACAGUAUCCUGAAGAAACCUACUCAAACACUUCUCAUGCCUUUACCACCUUCCGUACUCGCAAUCAACAGCGAUACCAACACAACAACUCCUGACUCUCCUAGCCAUAGCAAAGCAUUUUAAUUUAUUAGCGGCAAUACAACUGAGCUUACCACAUCAC